UCCAGCAGGAGGCAAAGCGGGUCGCCCCGCCGCGGUAACCCUGUGGUCGUCCUCAGCAGCAGCAACGACACGGUCUCCGCCGCGUCCCGGAGCUCCCCACGGGUCCCCGCCACCAGCGGCACUGCGCAAUUGCGCGCAAUGAUGCGCCAGCCGCGGCCUCAGGAGACAACGUCCGGCAGCGAAGGGGACUCUGCCCCGGUCCGACGGGAGGACAUGAUGGUCGGAGAUGAUCCGUACAACCCGUACAAACCCUCUAACUAUUAUCCUUAUUAUAACUACUACAACUCGUACUACAGACCCAGACCCAGGACUCAGCCCCGGCACGGAUACGGAACCAGCUACCACCAGAACGGUCUCCCUGAUCUGGUUCCUGAUCCAUACUACAUCCAGAUCGGCACCUACGUCCAGAGGAUGCCCAUGUACAACCUGCGCUGUGCUGCCGAGGAGAACUGCCUCGCCUCCUCCUCCAGUUACUCUCAGGAUUAUGACACCAGAGUUUUGUUGCGGUUUCCUCAGAGGGUGAAGAACCAGGGCACAGCAGACUUCCUGCCCAGUAAACCUCGAUAUGCGUGGGAGUGGCACAGCUGUCAUCAUCACUUCCACAGCAUGGACGAGUUCAGCCUGUAUGAGCUGCUGGACGUCCACUCUCAGAGGCAGGUAGCUGAGGGUCACAAGGCCAGCUUCUGUCUGGAGGACACUUCCUGUGACCCGGGAUACUACCGCCGCUUUGCCUGCACCUCACACACUCAGGGUUUGAGUCCGGGUUGUUACGACACCUACAACGCUGACAUCGACUGUCAGUGGAUUGACAUCACAGACGUCUCUCCUGGAAAAUACAUCCUCAAGGUGACGGUUAACCCUCGGCAGCAGGUUCCAGAGUCCAACUUUAACAACAACGUAGUUCGAUGUGAUGUCCAGUACACCGGCACCGCUGCUCACGUGUCUGGAUGCACCAUGACAUCCUACUGAGAGGAAUCCUGCAGUAUGAGCUUAAAGACGAACACAAACGGAGGAAAUGGGAAACGUUACAGAAGAAUGAAGCUUAAAGUUACACGUGACUAAUAACCAGAUUAAAAACUGAUCAUUAAAAGUGACAUAAAACACCUGAACCAGAUUAUUUUAGUCCAAAUGAAAUCUGAAGUCAGAAACAACACUGACUGAUCAACAUAGCUGGAUUACUCACUAAUUACUGAGGACAGUUUAUGUGUCUGAGAGAAUGAAUGAAAAAUAAUUUACUUUAUGCACCAGGAUUAAUGUACUUUAGUAAACUCAGAGGAUCUGUUCUGCAGCUAUUUGUAAAUCCCUCUUCAAGUUUUUGUGUAAAGUUCUUUGUAAGAUCUUAAAAACUACUAACUAGCUUCAAAUUAAUGUUUUUAGCACAUCAUAUGCAAGAAAUGUUUUUAUCAAAGGCAAUCUAUGCAACUACAGAAUAUAACUGUAGCAUCCGCAGCUGUAACUUGAAUAAACUAAAUAAGUUUUAGAGGUUCAAGAGUAAUAAACUCACCUGCCUAUCAUUUUGUUCAUGUAGGAAUAUCUUUGCUUUAUUUAUGUCUGUAUACACAGAGAAGUGCAUUUCUGUCAGAGUUCAUUUAUCAAGUUUAGGAUGAGUGUGAAAUAUCUGGUUGCACAGCCUUACAAAGUUAGACAUCAUCGGCAUAACGUUAACGAAUUUGUAUUGUUUUGUUUGUUAGAAUGUAGAAUCUUACCAGUUUGUUUACAUCCAUCAACCAAAACUUUAAAACCACUAACAGGUGUCACUUGACACACUCCGUCCAUCCAACCACUGCUGUAGAUCAAGUACACUGAUGCACCGUGCCACACUGCAAAAACCUGUUCAGGAAUGGCCUGAGGAACGUGACAAAGAGCUCUAAAUCGGAAAUACUCAACUUACAGCCUGCGGGCAAAAUCUGGCCCAGUUUGUUUUUACUUUUAAUAUACAUUAAGCUGCCUUUUCACUGCCGUGCGGUAACUGUUCUCAAAAGCAGCUGCUGCAGCGACAGUCCAGUGACAGCAGGUGCCUUGGUGAACGUCACUGACAGAAGUGCCAUGUAAAUAACAGCAUACUGUAGCAAGACAACAGAGAUCAUUGAAAUUUCCAUAUUUUGACAAUUUAACAGUCUGAUGUUUGGAGUAAAUGUUAUCGCGGCCCACUUUUUCUUCUGGUUGUCGUUAGUUGUUGUUCGCAGUGUGACGUACAACCCCAGGUAUUCAGACACCAGCAUUAUCAGCUAAGCACAGCAAAAUCUUUGCGUGUUGAAGAGGCACAGCUCCAUACCACUACUGCUUUGGUCGAAAACCACUUCCUCUCUGCCACUUUCCUCACACUGAAAUGACUGGAGGAUGUGAGUUAAUGCAGAUGGUGUCAAAGCAGCUCAAGGAACCAGAAGGCAUAAAAAACCCAUCAAAGUAGAGCUUGUUUGUCAGAGUGCCAGGAGGCAAUCCGCUGGAUCCUGUGACAGAUGUCUGUGCUAAACCACAAAUGUACUUAAAUCCUAGAAAUGCCCCUGCAUACAUGUGCGGGGCUGCUGACUGGCCCCUGACCUCCUGUCAUUUUACAAAAAGUGGCCCCCGGGCAAUGCAAUUUGACCUGGCCUCCAAAUUAGCCAGAACACAAUCUAAUCAAGCAUCCAUAGGAUGUGUCAGUAUGCUUCCUUGCAAUUCACAGGACCCAAAGGAUCUGUUGCCAACCUCCUGGUGCCAGACACCACAGGACACCCCAGAGGUCCUGUGUCCAUGUCUCGACAAGUCAGAGCCAAGUCCAAUCCACAGAGACCCAACUGUGGAUCGGGGGUACCUCUGGGGUAUCGGCAGGUCCCACAGAUGCUCCAUCAGAUUGGGACCUGGCUAAUUUGGAGGCCAGGCCUAUGCCUUGAGCUCAUUGGCACAAUUCUUGAGCAAUUCCCAAGGAACACAGACCGUUGAACUGCAACAGAUGGUGCUUCUCAAAGUCAAGAAUGCUUCCUUGGCAGGACAGGUCCUUCCAAGUUGGGUCCUGCAGGACAAGAUGCAAGACUUCUACCUAGCAUUUGCUGAGCACACAUUGGAACAGGCUAGUGACUGCACAGGUGUGCGUCACUAAAGAGGCCCCGCCUUAAAUUCUGGCAAAAUAUGUGCAAAGACUUGUGGGUACUUCAUGCCCAUUGAGGAUUCACAAGGGCGUCCUUGAAAAAGGACACCUUCCUUGGUAGAAUUCAAAGGAUCCUUGACACUGAAACAGUCCUUAGGUGGGAUUUGAUGAUGUAGUCUUGAAUUCAGUUGUUGAAGAACCUUUUCUCGACUGUGAUAAGCACCAACUGUUUGAGUGGGUGUAGUGUGUCAACUGGUAUCUACAUAACUGCCAGGACCAAAGGUUUCCCAGCAGAACAAGAUGAUCAAUGUUAUUCACUUUAUCUGUCAGUGGUUUUCAUGUUUUGGCUGAACAGUGUAUGUCAAUAAAUAACAGCUUUUGGAUCGCGUGUCAGGUCAGCCAUGUCCAUGUUUACUCUCACACUGCAAACAGGUCAUGUGUAGACAAGCAAACAUUAGUUUUGCAAGUCAGGUCAUGGUCAAACUUUAUUUUGCCUAGGGGGGCGAUUUGUUGCACAGCCUGCAGUAAAAUAAAUACACACCAAAACUCACAACACGUCCAUAAUCAAGCAAACAUUAUACUGUCGAGGAAUACAGUAGUAGCACAGACAAAUUCUCCCAUGUGAUCGCAGAUCAACAACCAAAAAGACGUUUCUGUGGUGCAAUACCUGUUUUAAUUUAGUGAUGUAUAAAUCUCCACUUCUAAAACACUUAUAACUGAUGUUAAAGACUUAACCUACGAAGAGGCGGUGCAACCUGGUACUUUACUCGAGUAUUUCUUUCCAGGGAGAAUUUCUACUAUUUACUGGUUACUCACAUUUUGCUUUGGCCACUGACUUUUUUAUGCCUCCACACCAGUGAUAGCUGUGGCUGGAAGCGCCAAGUUGUCAGGUUGUCUGUCAGUCUGUCCCAUUCUCAUGAACACAAUAGCUCAAGAAUGCCUUAAGGGAGUGUUUAGAGAUUGGGGUUCAUAGGUGAAAGGCCAAGGUUGUUGUGACCUUAUCUAUGCCAUUUUUGUGAAUGCGAUAUCAAGAAUGCCUUGAGGGAAUUUUUUCAAAUUUGGCACAAGUGUUUCCCCAAACUUAGGGAUGAACUCUCAACAUUUUAGUGGUCAAAGGGCAAAAGUCAAGGUCACUGUGACCAUGCAUCCUUGUCAUUCUUGUGACCGUGAUGUCUCAAGAACACCUUGGAAGAAUUUCUUUUAAA